AUGCGUGAGUUCUUUGCCUAUAGAUUACAAGAUCGUGUCGAUAAGUUUUCUGUUAUCCAUAAUGCAAAACGACUUUUCCAGCAAUUUGUUGUUGAUGCUUACACUAUGAUAAAGAGUGAAAGGUUGUUUUACAUACGGCGACAACAAACGCAUUUGAGGUUAGAAAGUUUUCAGAAUAUACAGAAUGCAAAUAAUUCUGGCAAAAAAGAUAUGUCAAAAAUUGGAACACGUAUCUUUAUUCCAUCCUCUUUCACUGGCGGUUCUCGAUAUAUGAUGCAAAAUUACUUAGAUGCAAUGUCUUUGUGCAAAUGGUUUGGGUACCCAGAUUUUUUCAUUACUAUUACAUGUAAUCCAAAAUGGCCGGAAGUUGAAAGGUUUUUAAAAGAUACCACCAUAAGGCCUGAAGAUAGACCAGACAUUUUGUGUCGAAUUUUCAAGAUGAAACUAGAUUCUCUAACAAAAGACUUGAAAGAAGGCAACUUGUUGGGUAGAGUUAACUCUGUUGUCUAUACUGUCGAAUUCCAAAAACGCGGACUUCCUCAUGCACACAUAUGUGUAUUCAUGCAUCCAGAUAGCAAGAUACUAUCGGUUGACCAACUAGAUCCAAUCAUUUCUGCCGAAAUUCCAGACAAAGCCGAAGAUCCUGAGUUAUAUAAACUUGUGGCAGACUACAUGAUUCAUGGUCCUUGUGGUGCUCUAAAUAUGAAUUCUCCUUGCAUGGUCGAUCGUAAAUGCUCCAAGAAGUUUCCUAAAAAAUUUGUUAACGAAACAUGCUUGGAUAAGAAAGGAUUUCCAGUUUAUCGUAGAAGGGAUUCUGGCCAUUCUGUUGUUAAAUCCCGUGUGAACGUAGACAAUAGAUAUGUUGUUCCAUAUAGUAAAGUGCUGUUAAAAAGAUACCAGGCGCAUAUGUUGAAUGGUGCAACCAACUUGGUUCUAUCAAAUAUUUGUUCAAUUAUUCGACUUCCGUUUCAUUUACCGGGCCAACAAAACGUAGUAUAUGGUGCAGACGAUGACAUUGACGAGGUUCUUAACAAACCAUCUGUUGCUUCUACUAUGUUCUUAUCUUGGAUGAAGUGUAAUGAAAGAUUUCCUGAGGCACGUGAGCUUACUUAUGUUGAGUUUCCUUCAAAAUAUGUUUUUAAAUUAAAUACUCGCAGUUGGGAUGUAAGGAAACGACAUCCUUCAAUUGGUAGGAUUCAUUCGGUGUUUCCUUCCGAUGGUGAAGCAUACUACCUAAGAAUAUUAUUGAACAAAGUAAAGGGUCCAAAAUCUUUUGAAGAUAUUCGUACUGUAAACGGUACUUUGUAUCCAACUUUCAGGGACGCAUGUUAUGCGUUAGGGCUUUUGGAUGAUGACAACGAGUACAUUGAAGCUAUUAAAGAAGCCAGUUUGUAUGGAACCGCUAUGUUUUUACGGACGUUAUUUGGGACAAUGUUGAUGUCUGUUUUACAUUACUCUGACGAAGACGUUAAGAAUUUGGCUUUGUUAGAGAUUGAGAAAUUCUUACUUCGUAAUAACUCAUCGCUGAAGAACUAUUCAACUAUGCCUUAUCCUGAUCACGAGUCUAUUUCUUCUUCUAACAAUCGGUUGAUCAAUGAGGAGUUAUCUUAUGACCAAAAUACUAUGGAAGAUGAGUUGAAUAGUAUAUUAUGGAAUCUGUUAGAACGAACAAAGGUGGCGUGUUUUUUCUUUACGGAUAUGGUGGCACAGGAUGAGGCUCCAAUGAUUCAUAAACAUGCCUUUGAAGCAUUGGAUAGAACCUUAAAAGAUAUAUUGAUGCCUGAAUGUUCAAAUAGCGAAGCUUUACCAUUUGGAGGAAAGGUAAUUGUAUUUGGUGGUGACUUUAGACAAAUUCUUCCUGUUGUUCCUAAUGGUUCUAGACAAGAUAUCGUCAACGCUUCAUUGAAUUCAUCAUAUAUAUGGAACAAAUGCAAUUUGCUAAUUGGCGAGGGAAAAGUUGGUGGUCGCAACGACGGCGAAGCUGUUAUUGAUAUACCUGAAGAACUGUUGAUUACUGAUUCCACUAACCCUAUUGGUAGUCUGAUCAACUUUGUGUAUCCUUCGAUACUUGAGUCUUUCAAUGAUCCAAAUUAUUUUCAAGAAAGAGCGAUACUUGCUCCUAAGAACGACGUUGUUCACGAGAUAAAUGAUACCUUAUUAGCAAUGUUUCCUGGUGAUCAAAAAGAGUAUCUAAGUUCUGAUUCUAUCUGCCAAUCGGAGAAUGUAACUGACCAUAUUCGACACGAUGUUUACCCCCCGACGUUCUAA